GAGCUUAGCCCGCGCAAAUAUACACAGGUUCUUCGGACGAAAUAAUACAUUUGAUCACACGCUAUCACUCUGUAUCCGAGUGACAUUCCAUGCACACUGUAAGGCGGAAAACAACAAACUCUAAGUCAACCCGUAACAGAACCAUCCACGACCCGAAGGAAGGAAGUGAGUCUUUCAGGGAGCUCUCGCUCAGAGUGUCGAUCAAAUGUAGCCAGUACUGGAUAACAUCACGAAGAUACCUCGGAUGGACUCAACGUAUGAUAGUAUCCGUCACAGUACGCACUACAUCGCUCGGCAAUCACGUAUAUACGCCGGACGUCUUUUGAUUCCUAGCCAGCCAACAAACGUCCCGUGGGGAACCAGUCCUCGGAGGAUAUCAUACACAUACAUGCACGCGGAACCACGCCGCAAAAGACAUCAUACAAGUACAUCCACCGCGCCGCCAACCACCACCGAUCUACCCUCAAUUAUCAUACGCCAAUCUCAGGAACGUGCCCUGCGUGUAUUCUACGCGGCCCCCGGUCCUAAGUUCGCCAUCGACAAUAGUCUGGCACUGUUCCGCCACGCGCGCCAGCAUCUCCGCGGCCUGGGCGCAGUCAAUGGCACACUCUUCGUCGCCGCUGUUCGCACGGUCAGUGAGCAGUGUUCUAUGUACGUAAACACUCGUGAUGCAGCGACUCACACAAGGCUCAGGUUCGCCGAGAACAGACUCAGCAUUGUGGUGGAAUACGGCGCUGCCGGCUUUGCGCACUUCGUCCGGGCAGCCAGCGUGCCCGUGGCAAGGAGCGCGUCUGUGAGGAGUGGGGAGCCUGCGUGCGUGUCGCAGAUGAUGGUGGUGGCAUCGCUCCGUCGGCCUGUGCUGGCCACCGGGGCCGCGAGGGUUGUGGAAACGGUGCAGAGGCUGAGGAGGAGGAAAGACAGUGUGGCGUGCAUUAUGAUGGCUGUGUGUAUGGAAGGAAGGAAAGAAAGAAGGAAGGAAGAGUUGGCCGAUGAUGAUGAUGAUGACGACGUAGAUUGAGGGACAAAGGCUGGUUAUAUAUACUUAGCUACGUACAGUAGUAUCACCAAUUUCCAACUGACAUUCUCGGGCCCCAAUAGCCGCUCGCGGAUAGCCGCUAGCACAACAUUAC